CUGGGACGGCGUGCUAGUUUUUGCAAUGGCUGGAGCGACCUGGCUCUACUCUUCCCCAUUUUCUAAAGCUCUACUGUCGAAGCUUCCCGGCACCGCCACCAUUGCUCCCUCCAUUUUCCGCCGUCUCCACCGCUUCACUCCGACAAAUCCCUUCAACUAUUCUUCGACAUCCCCUCAUAAACCUCCCGGAAUGGCAGCAGGUGUUCGUGCUCAGGCCAGAAGAAGCUUCUCUUCUUCUUCCAAAGUAAAAGAGGACGAAUUUGCCUCUGCAGUGGCUGAUUUGCAGUUUGAGGCACCCCUUAAAAUUGUGGAAUAUCCAGACCCGAUAUUGAGAGCAAAAAAUAAAAGGAUCAGUACGUUUGACCAUAACUUGAAGAAGUUAGUAGAUGAGAUGUUCGACAUAAUGUAUAGGACUGAUGGGAUUGGGCUUUCAGCACCCCAGGUGGGAAUUAAUGUUCACCUUAUGGUGUUUAAUCCGGUUGGUGAACGUGGGGAAGGAGAGGAGAUUGUUCUUGUGAAUCCGAAAGUUAGUAGAUAUUCGAGGAAAAUUGGUCCUUAUAAUGAGGGCUGUUUGUCCUUUCCGGCGAUUUAUGCUGAUGUUGAGAGACCGGACUCUGUGACAAUCGAUGCACAGGACAUUAGUGGCAAAAAAUUUGCAUUUAACUUGACGGGACUUCCUGCAAGGGUGUUUCAGCAUGAAUAUGAUCAUCUUCAGGGAAUACUUUUCUUUGAUAGAAUGACAGACGAAGUUCUUGAAAGUAUCAGUGCGGAUUUACAGGCCUUGGAAAAGAAAUAUGAGGGGAGAACUGGAUUGCAAAGCCCUGAAAGAAUAGAUGCUCGAAGAAGAAGGAAGACUGCUAUUGGGUUUGGAAAAUCACGAUAGGCUUGGUAUACUUAGUUAGGUUCACAGAUUUUGUAUUACCAUGUAGCUGAUUUUGGUAUUUUGAUGCCACAAAUUCCCUAUUUUUUGUUUUUCCUUUUUCUUUAGGAAAAUAUAGUGUGCAUUCUGGAUUUAGUUCUGUACCAACCGCACCUUAACAAUAUGUUGUGCAAUUCAGAGAUACCUGUUUGUAUUGUCAACAGAUCGUGUAUAUACUAUUCUUUUGAUUUUCCAUU